GAUGUUGGUUCCUCUCGGAGUAGUUGUUGUUCUCCUGUCUGCGACCUCUAUUGAGGGAAAAAGGAAUUGCUCUGGAUUCUCCUCCCCUACCAUGAGCACCCUACAGGGUGUUCCUCAAUGCCAUGAGUCCGGAGAUUUGAUAUUCUACGACGAGUUUGACGAGAUUGAUUUGGACAUGUGGGAUCAUGAGAUAACAAUGGCAGGAGGAGGAAACUGGGAGUUCCAGGUUUAUUGGAACAAUAGAUCUAAUUCUUACACCAGGGACAGUACACUCUUCCUGAAACCUACCUUAACCUCGGAUAGGUUUGGAGAGGAUUUCAUCAUGAACGGUCAGUUUGAUCUCUGGGGAGGUCAACCUGGAGAUGUUUGCACCAACCCUCAGUUUUACGGGUGUAUGAGACAAGGUUCUGGCCCUAAUAUAAUCAACCCUAUCGCCUCUGCAAGGUUGAGAACUGCAAAUCAUUUCGGGUUCACCUACGGCAAAGUUGAAGCAAGAGCUAAGAUGCCGUCAGGGGAUUGGAUUUGGCCAGCCAUUUGGCUUCUGCCUCUAAGAGAAGCCUAUGGAAUGUGGCCAGCUAGUGGAGAGAUAGAUAUUCUUGAAUCCAGAGGAAACCGAAAACUGACUCAGGACGGAGUAAAUGUUGGAGUAGAACAGUACGGAGCAACCCUGCAGUACGGUCUAGAUGUCCAGACCAACGAGUGGUCCAAGGCUCAUUGGGUCAAAAAUCUUGCAGAGGGUUGGGACGCAGAGUUCCACAAUUACCAGACCGAGUGGACUCCGGAUUACAUGAGUUUCUCCGUGGACGGAGAGGAGAUAGGACGGAUUACAUAUCCUGAAGGAGGGAUGUGGGAACACGGAGAGUUUGAGACGGAUUGGCCAGGAUUGAAGAACCCCUGGGAAGGAUUUCACAAGAGUGCUCCGUUUGACCGAGAAUACUUCUUGAUCCUAAAUGUAGCUGUUGGAGGAACCGGAUACUUCUCUGAUGAUUUUACUAACGAGGGAGGGAAACCAUGGAUAAAUACUUCUCCUCAGGCUUCUCUUGAUUUCUGGAACGCGAAGAGUUCCUGGUAUCCGACCUGGAACCCCGAGGAGAACAAUGGGGAGCAGGCGGCCAUGCAGGUGGACUACAUCAAGGUCUGGGCUAUCUAGAACAUCAUGGGAAUUUAUGAAAAACAUGGAAAAAAUGUAAUAAUGACAAAAAAUAAGAAUAAAAGUAUAUUUGAAGUUUAAAA